AGUGUGCUUCCCUGGAGGACGCCGGCUAAAAUGAGAAAAAUAGAAGAGGCAGAGGUGCCUUGGGUUACUUGGACGUAAUUUGUUAGGAAGGAUUUGAGGAUAAAGUAGUACUGCCUUUACGUUCAACAACAAGUCCUCGUGCCAUACCCGAUCAUGGUUAAGAUAACUAAUAUUAAAUUAAAAAGUAUUUGUAUACAGGGUGUCAGGCUACAUUCUUCCAUAGACUCAAGAAUGCGGAGUCUCAAUGUGAAAUUUCUCCCUUACAGAUGCUGAUUGGAUCAUUGUACAGAGAACUUUUGUUCAUUCUGAAAGUACGAAAUUUGCUGGCAAUGUUUGUGACGAGAAUGGCUUGACACCCUGUAACCCGUAUGUGUUCAGUACUACCUUUUGAAUUUUCAGAAAAAGUCUCUGUAGUGCCACUGUCAGAUGAAAUGUGGCCCCAAGGCGAUCAAAUGUACAACGUACCAUGCGUGGCUGCUGGUUGGGGGCGUCAUGAAAUGGGCGGCAAAUUGGCGACGCACCUCCAAAAACUUGACGUAACAGCAAGACACGGAGAAGACGGCUGUGUGUGCGAUUUGCCAUUCCAAAACAAGCGGUUGGUGUGUAUCAGCGGCAAAGCGGGCAAAGGACUCUGCGCUGGUGAUUCGGGUAGCGUUCUAGUCUGUAACAAAAAAGCAGUCGGGGUCGCCCAUAUUAUUUAUCUUGAAGAAGCUUGUAAUCCCUUUAGAAUACGAAUGCCCAAGCUAUCCUGCAAGCAGUCCCUUUCUGCCUUUAUGUAUAUUUGCCCCUUUUUGGAUUGGAUUCGCAAGCAUGUGCCCGAUGUCCCUGGUACACCUAUCAGUUGCAAUGGAUGUAAAAUAUCUUCAUCCUUGGUCAAAGUUGUCGUACUUAAUAUUUUAUUGAAAUUUCAAGCAAUAAAUAUAUACUUAUCUUAAUACAAAUCCAU